AGGGCCAAGCGAGCUUAUCUUCUUCUUCUUCCUGAAGCGUUGUGACUGAGCGAAACCACACUGUACACAGACUCUGAAGAUGAUAAACCUUUCAAUUGCUUCGCCUUCGACCGUUUCUAUCCCUUUAAAAGUUCUUACCUCAACCUCCAAAUCCUCCUUCAAUGGCCUUCAAAUCCGUUUCCCAUUUUCGUUUCGCGUUCCUCCUAAAACGGCAUGUACCGGAGGCCGCAAUUCGUCAGUGGUAAUGAUGGCCAAGAGGGAGGAGGAAUUGAAGGAAAUCAGAGCGAAAAGUACUGAGGAAAUAAAGGAAGAGGUCGUCGAUCUUAAGGGUGAACUUCUUAUGCUUCGGCUUCAAAAAUCAGCUCGCAAUGAGUUUAAGUCUAGUGAAUUCCGCCGCAUGCGUAAACGGAUUGCUCGGAUGUUAACAGUAAAACGCGAGAGAGAGAUUGAAGAGGGAGUGGGGAAAAGGCUGUCAAGAAAGUUAGAUAGAAAGUGGAAGAAAAGUAUUGUUGUCAGACCACCUCCAUCUCUGAAGAAGUUGCGAGAGGAAGAAGCAGCAGCUGAAGAAGCAGAGAAAUCUGCUUGAUCAAAUCAGAUAAGCUCUCAUCCAAUGUUGUAGCAUUAUGAGUUUGAAGUUGUUGAGAAUGCCAUUUAAACAACUUUUUUUUAAAAGAUUUUUAUUUUUGGUUCUAAAAAUUCUGAUUCUUGUACUUAGCUUAUGCACAAAUGGAAAUAGAUUUCAAGUGGAUGGAUCAUGUUGAAUUUAGAUAAAUCCAUGCAAACUGAACUGCCCUUAUCUGUUAGAGGGUAAAUUCCAUUCCAUUUAUAGGCACUCAAUUGAUAUUUAGGUUAAAUUUAAGUUUGGUCCCCAAA